UUUAUCGUUUUCCAACCCAUGACCGAACCGACCUUAUCAGUCGUUAUCAUUAAUUUCCCGCUAUUUUCUAGGUUAUUUUGCUGUUGUCGAAUGUCGAGUGUUCCGAGUUCUGACAUUUGACUUAGGCUAUGAAUGUAUCUACUCAGUACUCAUUGUUGAACGUUCUACAACAGCUCUGUAGAUUGAAGUCCAAUUGUUGGAAGUAUUGAACCCAUUUGAAGGACGAACAUCGCCCGCUGAUAUUGUAUUUCUUUUGGCUUUUUCUCCUUGAAAAGUGAAUAAUACAACAAAAGUGACUAAACUAUAAUAUACUCUGUAAAUUAGUGCCUAAUUAUUACUUGAUUAAAAAACUAGAAACCAAGUGUGAAGUGUACUACAAUACUUGUUCAAUAUUUUUAUAUUUUAUCAAUUUCAAAUAGUCAAGAACAAUAUAGAAAUUCAGUUACCAAUGAAGUGUUUUGUUGUUGUGUCAUGUUAGAGUAUAUAAACAUAAUUAUCACUUUUCUAAAUAAAAACAUACAUUUAGUAGUGCAGUCUGAAGAAUUACAGUACAGACUAUAGUUAACUCCCAAGAAAGAUGUUUAAUAAGAAAAGACCAAAUUCAUCCGAUAAAUCUGGCAAUUACAAUAAAAAAUUCAAAACAGAUGAUGACGAUGACGAUUUUCAAAGUUCCAGAUUUGAAGAGGAUCUCGCUCUUAUGGAGGAGAUGGACAAAGAUUUCGAAGCAUCGCCUGCAAUAUUGGGAGAAGGCCCGGAACAAGAAGGUUCCGGAGGUCUGUGGUCUAGACCACCCAUGAAAGAGCUUAGUCCAAGUACUGACAGUUUAGUUUUUCAACAGCUCACAAUAGAUUAUUAUCUCGGAGAUCCUGUUAAAGGGAUGAGUGGUGCGCAAACUGGUCAAGUUCCGAUAACUCGUAUGUUUGGAAUAACUAUGGAAGGCAAUUCAGUAUGUUGUAAUGUACACGGGUACUCGCCUUACUUUUACGCAACUGCUCCGACUAAUUUUGGACCCCAAAAUUGCAAAGAAUUUAAAAAUCGCCUAAACGCUGUUGUGUUGAAUGAUAUGCGUGGAAAUCAAAACAGAGUACAAGAAACUGUUCUAAUGGUAGAAAUCAUUGAGAAAAAAAACAUAUAUGGUUAUCAUGGUGAAGAAAACGAAAAGUAUUUAAAAAUAACUAUGGCACUACCAAAACUCGUGGCCACGGCUAAACGACUUUUAGAAAAAGAACAAGUUUUUCCUGCAUUUGCUGGACAUCAGUAUAGAAUGUUUGAAUCAAAUAUUGAUUAUGAUAUGAGGUUUAUGGUCGAUUUAAAAAUAGUUGGAUGCAGUUGGAUUGAACUUCCUGUUGGAACUUACACGAUUCGCAAGCAUAAUACUCAAUUAAAACCGCACAGUAGGUGCCAAGUCGAAGUGGAUGUCGGUUGGCAACAAAUGAUAUGUCAUACCCCUGAAGGAGAAUGGAGUAAAGUGGCACCAUUUCGCAUUCUUAGUUUCGAUAUUGAAUGUGCCGGUCGUAAAGGAAUAUUUCCCGAACCUGAUAAAGAUCCGGUAAUUCAAAUAGCUAACAUGGUGCAAGUAGAAAAUAAACGGCUGAUAAGAAAUGUGUUUACGUUGAAUACAUGUGCACCUAUUGUAGGCAGCCAAGUUAUAAGUUGUGAAAAAGAAAACAACAUGCUUGAAAAAUGGGCUGCGUUUGUACGAGAAUGUGAUCCAGACAUAAUUACAGGCUAUAACAUCAAUAACUUUGAUUUGCCUUAUUUGCUUAACAGAGCAAAGCAUUUAAACGCGAAAAAUUUCAACUUCUUAGGACGUAUUAAGAAUAUCCAGUCUGUCAUAAGGGAACACGUGAUACAGAGCAAACAAAUGGGUAGAAGAGAAAACAAGAGCAUUAAUAUUGACGGUAGAGUUCCGUUUGAUUUGUACUUGGUAUUGGUGAGAGAUUACAAGCUUCGAUCGUACACGUUAAACUCUGUCAGUUAUCACUUUCUACAAGAACAAAAAGAAGAUGUUCAUCACAGUAUUAUUACAGAUUUGCAAAACGGUACACCUCAAACUAGACGUCGAUUGGCUGUCUAUUGUUUAAAAGAUGCUUUUCUUCCGUUGAAACUUUUGGAUAAACUAAUGUGUUUGAUUAACUAUAUGGAAAUGGCAAGAGUAACUGGUGUUCCGUUGGGAAGUUUGCUCACCGGUGGCCAACAAGCAAAAGUUGUAUCCCAGUUGCUCCGUCUUGCAAAGGAAAAAGGUUACAUAAUUCCAACAAUGACUAGUGGUAUGCAAGACGAACAAUUUGAAGGUGCUACCGUAAUUGAGCCGAUCAAAGGUUACUAUGCCGAUCCUAUCGCAACACUAGAUUUUACUUCCUUGUAUCCGAGCAUUAUGAUGGCUCAUAAUUUGUGUUACACUACAUUGUUAAACCAAAAAACUAUUAAUACUUUGAAUCUGUCGGAAAACGAUUACAAAAAAACCCCUUCGGGUAGUUUCUUCUUAUCCACUUCAAUACGCAAGGGACUUUUGCCUGAAAUUUUGGAAAAUUUACUUUCCGCCCGUAAAAAGGCCAAAAAUGAUUUGAAGUCUGAGACUGAUCCUUUUAAACAAAAAGUGUUGGAUGGUAGACAGCUGGCAUUGAAAAUUAGCGCUAAUUCUGUGUACGGUUUUACUGGAGCACAAGUAGGCAAACUGCCUUGUCUUGAAAUAUCUACAAGUGUUACUUCAUAUGGUAGAACGAUGAUUGAACGAACAAAACAAGAAGUUGAACAAAAAUAUUGUAUUGCUAAUGGUUAUGAACACGAUGCGGUUGUCAUUUAUGGCGAUACAGAUUCAGUGAUGGUGAAGUUUGGAGUUAAAUCGAUUGAAAAAGCCAUGGAACUUGGCCGCGAAGCAGCUGAAUAUGUAACAACAAAGUUUAUAAAUCCAAUAAAAUUAGAUUUUGAAAAGGUUUAUUUCCCGUACUUGCUUAUCAAUAAAAAGCGUUACGCUGGUCUUUACUUUACAAAGCCUGAUAAGUACGAUAAAAUGGAUUGUAAGGGAUUGGAAACAGUACGAAGAGAUAACUCGCCAUUGGUAGCUAACAUGAUCAAUACUUGUUUACAGAAGUUGCUGAUCGAUAGAGAUCCUGAUGGUGCGGUUGCUUAUGCUAAAGAAGUAAUUGGCGAUUUACUGUGUAAUCGUAUUGACAUCUCUCAGCUGGUCAUCACCAAGGAACUUACCAAGUCGGAUUACGCUGCAAAACAAGCUCAUGUCGAGUUGUCAUUGAAAAUGAAGAAAAGAGAUCCAGGAAAUGCGCCUAAAUUGGGAGAUCGUAUACCAUACGUAUUGAUCACAGGUACUAAAGGCUCACCGGCUUACCAGCGUGCGGAAGAUCCCAUUUUUGUGUUGGAGAACAAUAUACCAAUUGAUUUUAACUAUUACUUAGAAAACCAAUUGUCUAAGCCGUUGGUACGGAUUUUUUCACCAAUUUUAGGGGACAAAGCUGAAUCAGUAUUACUGAAAGGCGACCAUACGCGUAAAAAGGCAAUGGUAACGUCUAAAGUAAGUGCUUUGUCAGCGUUCACUAAAAAAAAAGAAGUAUGCUUGGGCUGCAAGAGUGUGCUACCCAAUGGGGAAGACAAGAACGCAUUGUGUAAAUACUGUUUACCAAAACAAGGAGAGCUGUACUAUAAGGAACGGGUGAAAGUAAAUGAACUACAAGAGAAAUUUUGUCGCUUAUGGACCGAGUGUCAACGAUGCCAAGGAAGUCUACACGAAGAAGUAAUCUGCACCAGUCGAGACUGUCCAAUAUUCUAUUUAAGAAAAAAAGUACAAAUCGAUCUAACGGCUCAAGUUAAGACAAUGGAUCGUUUUGGAGACCCUAACGUCAUUUGAUUUGUAAAUUAUCUAUUGACGCUAAAUUAAAAAGUAUUUUAUUUUUCUAUACAUUUUGUUAAAAUAAUAGGUUAUCUAAGUUAAGUGUGUACGUAUUUUAUAUUAUAGAAUAUUUAUGUAUUAUAAAUCUAGUGAAUAAUAAGUAUUAUGGUUUUUGUAAUAACCACAAAGUAAAUGCUAAUGCAUUAUAUUAA